GUUACUGUCUAAUAAGGUCGCCAGUAGUUUUACACUAAAUAGAAUUACCAGUUUUGUAGUUAAACAUAGUAAUUUUACUGCAUUGGCUGUUGUUUCGCGACGUAAGAACACAUUAUACGGUCCUUCGUGUGAUUAAAAACGAGCGCACCCCGUUUGGAAGAAACCACCCUGAUCCCGUCAGGGAGCCGAGAGAGGAGGGGGAGAGCACAACAAACGCAUUUACAGUGAAUUUCCGCCGAAUUAAUUAAACGAAGCUCACUCAAGAAACCAUCAGUUCCCGGGCCGUGAUGGGGAGGUUGUGUGAGAUGACUGUUGUGUCUCUUCUUAUCAUGGCGCUUUUGAACACUGAGUUAACAUGGGCUAAAAGAGGUAGCAGCAGCAGGGGAAAAUCCUCAUCCAGCACCAACAAGGGUUGGACAAAUUCGAAGACAUCCAACACUCAGCCAGGAAACUACCCUCGUCAACCACAGAGUCCUAAUCGAAACACCAAUCCUUAUCCUGCUGGUGGAAGUUACCCGUUUCCCAAACAAAACCAGCCAAGUUAUCCAGGUGCUGGAAGUAACCCAAAUCAGUCUCCUGGCAGAGUGAAUCCCGGAGGUUAUCCAAACCAGAACCCUGCAGGUGGAUACCCUGCAGGUGGAUACCCAGCAGCUGGAGGGAAUCCUAAUCAAAACCCAGGGAGAGGAAAUUAUCCAAAUCAAUAUCCACCUGCCGGUUAUCCGAACCAGAACCCUGCAGGUGGAUACCCUGCAGGUGGAUACCCUGCAGGUGGAUACCCAGCAGCUGGAGGGAAUCCUAAUCAGUACCCAGGGAGAGGAAAUUAUCCAAAUCAAUAUCCACCUGCUGGAGGCUACCCCAACCAAUAUCCAGGCAGAGCUGGUACCAAUCCCGGAGGAUAUCCUAAUCAGUACCCUGCUGGAGGAGGUUAUCCGAACCAGAGUCCAGGAAGGAAUUAUCCUUACCAGUAUCCAGGUGGAUACCCAGUCCAAACAGGAAACACACGACCGGGUUGGAAUGUGCCUGGUACAUAUCCAGGAGGUUACCCUGGUGGAGCGGUUGGUGGUUACCCCAACUGGAACCCAAGUAAUAAGAUCCUCAGUCCCCGCUUUGGUGGAGGAGGCUAUGGAUAUGGUGGUUAUGGGAUGGGAGGGUCACCUUUCUCUCGUUCCGUGCAGGGCAUGGGGCACAUGCCCAAGUCCACAGGUUUUGCCAAAAAAGCCAUGAUGGCCGCAGGUGUUGGUGCUUUGGCUGGAAUGGCAGUUGGAUAUGGAUUAGGACGCUUCCCUCGACCGCAUUUCACUUUCCGUAACCCCGAAGAGGAGUACUACUACAAUAAUUACAUGUACCGUCGUUAUGGCUCCCAGUCAACAGACCAAAAAGACUUUAGUGAUUAUGUCUACAAGCUUCCUCCACGGGCUGAGACUUAUGAAGCCUUCAUGAGUCGCUGCAUGAAUUCGACCAAUAGUCGUAAAGAUCAAGGCUCUUCCACCUCUAAGAGUGGAGCUGAGAACGAGGAUGACGACACCGUCAGCAUUGAGGAGAUUGGGUACCCAGCCCUGAUUGAGCAAGUGAAGUCACGGCGCUGUGUAGAAGAGUACAUGAAGUACUCAGAGCAAUUUAUGCAGGAACGUAAAGCUGAACAACAGUAUCAGCCAAGUCGCUGUAGCCCUCUGAGCUAUGGGUUGAUUCAUCUUCUCACUUCCUCCAUUGUGCUGUUGUCUAGCAUGCUCCUGCUCCAGUGAGAAAACAGGCUCAGGCUUUCUACUUCCUCUAUUAUAUGUGCACAUUCACAGCCUGCUUAUUUCACAGUGCAUCCAUAUUGCAAAUCAUAGCUGUAUACAAUACAAUCAAUUAAUACUUAUUAUAUAACAAAGCAUUGACAUGUACACAUAAAUGAAAGUGUCAGUUUUGGAUGCAGCACUCAGUUUAAAGUGUUACAGUUAGAUCAUCAGUGUUUUAUGUGCACUAAUAUGCUUCAGGAAGACUAACAGGGCAGUUUUUUCAUAGUUCAUAUGUUGGUUGUUGUUGUUGCUGUUGUAAUUGGAGGUUGAAGUGGGAUUUGGCAGGUGGGUGAACCCUAAGAUUCCCCACCUGUCAAAUGCAGAGGUGCAGCAUGAGAAUUAGUUAGAAAUAAGUAAUAUGAUAACUUGUUUAGUGAGAGAGAUUUUUUUCAUUUAUUACAGGCUGUGAUCAGCUGACUGUAUAAUCCUAGAAUAAAAGGUAGAAUUAGGUGAGUGGAUCUCACAAAUCAAAUCAAAAAUAACCACCUUAAAUGUAAUAAUUGAUAUUAUAUAUCACGUCUGCUACCCUUGAUGUAAUCUAACAUUGACCAUGGACAGCCUGCUCUGUACCAGUCCAGUAUAGUGAAUCACUGUAAACAUCACCAUAGUACUGCAAACUAACCAGUUUUGCAACCUUUGAGUUAGUAUACUUCAGUUGGUUAUGCAGUAAUUCAGCAACGCAUCAUGUGCAGGUGCAUCUAAGAGCCGAUUUAAGAGCUCUAAAGUGAAUUAGGACAUUAUAAUUUAAAAAUUUUCAGGUUAUCAAAUUUCUCAUGUUGCAGUCCUUACCUUUCCUGCCUUUAAUACAUCUUUCCCCAUCUCUGAUAGUGUCACAUGUUAGCGUUUCUUCUUCUCACCCUGGGAAAUACAGCAAUUGUACCUUUUAGCUGGCUGAGGAUGAGAAGGAAAAAGGGAUUUCUUGAGGGUGUAAAGCUGGCUGUGGGAUGUAUCAUUGUUCUCUUCUUACUGAGCAAAUUUCCCUGCCAUCAUUGGAAGCAACACCAAAUUGCAGCACAAGAAAUAUGAACUCCUUUGACAGUAACAUGCAUUAACCCACCUAUCAGAAAUCCUCAUUAAUUAAAGGUGUCGGGAUGCUGCUCUGGAACAUUGCGGCCCAAUUUUAACCCCUGUUUAUAAUCUGUGAUAAUGUUUGAAGCAGUCUCUUCGGAGUGUUUAGGUUUUAUGUGUAGGUUUGCGUUGUUAUGUAAUAAUUUUUACAGAUUUCUACAUGAUAAUAGAGCAUUCCUCAUAAAUAAUUCAGACAUGGAUCCCUCAUGCCUUCCAAACCUUCUAGCUUUACUGAGCAGUGGAGACAGAAAUCAAAAUAAAUCUAAAGGUGGAAAGAACCAUCCAAUUAUUCCUAGUUCUCAACAAUGGCUUGCAUGUAAUAGCUUUUUACAGAGAGUAGACAGGGGUUACGGCGGGUCCUUAAAAGAGCAGAAAAUGACGUCAACAGUGGCGUUGCUACCUUGCCUGCAGUAGCUGAAAGCGGUGUAGUUGACAACAGCAUGUGUUGCUUUAAUCUGUGCCGUCUGAACAGAUGUAAUAUUUUAUCUGUAUUUCCUAAUCACGUCAUCAGAUUCCCUUUAGUGUCUUAACUGUAUAUAGCUGGACGAGACUUAAAGUGCAUCUGGUAGCUCUGGAACUGCAUUCCUUUAUCCUGUUGCUUUCUGCCAUUUUGUGUAUGACUCAUUAGAAGAUUUGUGCCCAUAAAACCACUGGUUUUAUAUCCGUGUCCCCUGGCAUAUUGUAACUUUCCAAACACACUUAUUUUCCAGUCGUCUGCUCUAGAGCCGGUCAUUGUUUCCAUCUUCCUCCGAUCUCCUACAUUUUCUUGUAGCAUGGGGAAAUAGUCUCAGAAGGCCAGAUUUUCUUGAGUAUGUAAAUACUGCUGUUUGUUUUCUUGCCCUGGCUGUCAUGGUUCAGUCGCUAAGAUAAUGACUACUAAAAUGUGUUUUCCUUUUUUUUCGCGCUUGCUUUAAGAGUAGGUGUUAUUAUUUGUGGGGACUUUUUGUGAUUAUUUUACUUUUCUACUUUGUUUUUAUGAUCCUGUUUUAUUUUUUUCCCCCCAUUCCCAAGUUUUGUAAAGUAAUCUGGAAAAAUAGCAUGUAAAUUAGGUCUGUAAACUGUCAAUGAUGCCACUUUCAAGGGAUUUUAAAUAACAAAUAUAUUGUACAGUGCAGUGAUUGUAUGUUCCCUUUCAUAUGUAUACUGACAUUGUCUUGUAUAUUGCUUUUUUUUUUUUUUUUUUUUUUUUAAUAUCCAGCCAGACUUUCACAUUUCUUUUAAUCUCUCCUGUUAAUAAGCUUUCAUACUCGACUGUUCAUGUUUUCAUUUUUGAUUGAUUCUGGCAGAACAGUUUAAGUUGAUGAGAAAUUAGAGUUCCGCCAACGCUGUGGAAUAUCUAUGAAGUGCACUUAUUUCCCCCUGAGUUCUGGAUAUUCUGUAACUUUGUAACUGAGCUCAUAUUACCAUCGUGAACAUCUCUGGUUUUUGACUCAGAAACUGUAAACAUUUUGUGUUAUUCAUCAAAUGUUAUGACUGACAUGGUUUAUUAUAGUUUAUUGUGGAUAUCUAUGUGUUAAAUAAAAUAAAUUACAAAAUUC